UACACACACACACACACACACGGUCGUACUUCCACACGGGAGAUUAAUAUCUAAUAAUUGCUUGAAAAAAAAGUAAGAUCGAUCGAUGGCGGAGUUGUUCGUGAAGCAAGCGGCGGUGUACGCUGAGGCGAGGCCCAAGUAUCCCACGGAGUGGUUCUCCAUGCUCUCUGCCCUCACCCCCCACCACAAGUUGGCCUGGGACGCCGGCACCGGCAACGGCCAAGCCGCCGUCAGCCUGGCGGAGCACUACGAGCAGGUGAUCGCGACGGACGUGAGCGCGGCGCAGCUCCAGCACGCGUUCCCCCAUCCGAAGGUCCGCUACGUCCACACUCCGCUCUCCGCUUCCGACGCAGACAUCCUCUCCGCCCUCGGCGGGGAGAACUCGGUGGACAUCAUCACGGUCGCGGUGGCGGUGCACUGGUUCGACCUCCCGCGCUUCUACGCCCUCGCCCGCCGCGCCCUCCGCAAACCGGGGGGCAUCAUCGCCGUGUGGAGCUACAACUACGAAAUUGCGCCGUUCGAAGCCGCACUGGAGCGGUUCAUGCACUCGGCACUUCCUUACUGGGACGAUCGAGGCAAGUCCGUGAUAAACGCGUACGAGGAGUUGCCGUUUCCGUUCGAGAGCGUGGGGAUGGGAUCGGAGGGGAAGCCGCUGCGGCUCGACAUGUCGUUCGACGGGCUGAUCGCGUUGCUGCGGUCGGGAUCGCCGGUGGUGACGGCGAAGGAGAAGGGGGUGGAUUUGGUGUCGGAGGAGGUGGUGAGGGAGCUGCAGGCCGAGUGGGGGGACACUUCGGUUGUUAGGAAGGUUACGUUCAAGGCCUUCAUGCUCGUUGGCACGCCGAAGCUGGAGGACUAGCUAGCUAGUUCGUUGGUUCGGUCCGAGUUAGGCUCGAGCUUAGUCUGAGAGUAAUAAAAUGGUCAACAUGUCCAAUAACGGCAAGCAACUGAUGAUUCUGGAAACAUCUUAAUCUGGUCUUAUGUUCUUGGAUCGAAUCGAAAAAAAAAUCUAGCAUUUCUUUUGUUCUUCGAACUUGUAAUCUUAUUUAAUUAUCUAAAGAAUGCUAAAGUUACAUUUAACUCACAGUAA